AUGAAAAAUCGUCUAAAAUAUUACUUUGGACUAACUGUUGGCCUGCUCACCCCAACAGUGCUGUUGCUGUGGAUUUUGGUGAGGAUAAUUACUCUUCAUUCUCAGCAAGCUUAUCGAUAUUUAAAUGAACUACUAUUUGAAGCAUUCAUGCGAACGUUUCUACUUAUAUUUGGAUAUAUGGGUGUCGAAAAGGUAUGUGUUUACGGUGAUGUUGAUUUCAUGAAGAAAAAGAAUGACAGAGUUUUGUUCAUUUCCAACCAUCUCUCCACAGUUGACUGGUUUAUAUGUUCAAUGCUUAUUGCUCAUCAAGGUAGCUUAGGUAGGACGAGGUUCGUGCUGCAUAAGAAUCUCAAAUACAUUCCAAUUUUUGGGUUUUACCUCUCACAGGAUUCGUGUCUAUUCGUUGACCGACUAAAUUUUGACGUGAAAACAGCUGUAAAUGUACUCAGUAAUAUCAAGCAACUUCAGUCUAAUACAUGGAUGGUUAUUUACCCCGAAGGCACGCGAUAUAAUCCACUGAAACACGAUGUGAUUAAACAAUCUCAGGAAUUUGCUGUUAAAAAGUGUAUGAGUAAAUAUGUGAGGAAUGAAGCUGGUAUCAAGCCGUUUAAACGUGUGCUGGUACCAAGGAAACGAGGAUUUCAAUUAAUAUUAGACCAUAUGCAUGAUUGUCUGGAUGCUGUAUAUGAUGUGACAACUGUAUUCGCAGACGAAAAUGGUUAUCCAUACGACCACAAUAUACCGGCACCAGGAUUAACAGAGUGGUUAAAGAAACCUCGAAGUUUACAUAUUUACUUGAAACGAAUACCGAUUAAACAUGUUCCACAUGAUAAGGAUACAAUCAGUCAAUGGCUUUAUGAACGUUUUCGAAUAAAAGAUGAUUUUAUUGAAAACGUACAAAGUACAUUCUAUAGCUCUUCUCAGCUAUCAGAAGAUCGAAAUAAUUUCUUUCAAAGUAGUAAUCACAUUGAUUACAUGGAUAUCAAAUCAGAAUCACUAUCAAAUAACAAUAAUAAUAAUCAUGAUCAUAACACUGUCAAUAUUGAUACACCAAGCUUACCAAAUGAUUUUCAAACUAUUCAGAAGCAUCUACUGACCUGUUUCACCAGUCAAAUGUCUCAAAGUUGUUUAAAACUUGAAAACUUUCGUCUCAUAGACUUACUUCCAUGUGCAUUAUUAUUCUACGGCAUUACUAUUUACUGGAUGUUCGGAUUCGGUUGGUUUGGUUUGGCUACUUAUUUCUCUGUGGGCUUAUUUGGAUCAAUAGGUGGACAAAUUUAUAUGCAUUUCGCAAUUUGA